AUGAAGUAUGACAGUAGGCGAGAGCAGUACAGGACUGCUGGAGGUGGCUUUUGUAAGAUGUGCUAUAAAGUAUUAGCCAUUGUGAUAUUCACCCUGAUCCUUCUUCAGUAUUUGUACACAAGCUUACCUCGAGCACCGACUUUUAUUUCUGAUAUACCAUACAAUUCGACUAGACAUGAACCUCUUUUCUUGCCUUCAGUAUCUGAAGCAUCACCUGAGGAUGUUAAAAAUCUUUCAGCAUGGAUGUAUUUUCAGAUAACACCAGCAAGUACGGGAGAAACCUUGCCACUCUGUCCUUUGAUACCACCGGAUCUUUUGGGUCACCUGGGAGAAGUACCUGCUUCAAAGCCUCCUCCCGAGCCACAUGUGCUUCCAGGAGGACAGUGGCGGCCUGAGCACUGCCGAUCAAGAGAUCGAGUGGCCCUUGUCGUACCUUAUAGGGAUAGAAAGCAGAUCCUUAUGACUUUUCUUGCCCAUAUGCACCCAUUUCUCCAGCGUCAGCUUCUGGAUUAUGGGCUUUUUGUCAUUGAACAGGCUGGUACUGAUGAUUUUAACCGAGCCAUGCUGAUGAAUAUUGGUUUUGUGGAAGCUCUUGGUAUGAGGGAAUUUGACUGUUUCAUUUUUCAUGAUGUCGACUUGCUGCCAGAAGAUGAUAGGAACUUAUACACCUGCCCAAACCAGCCAAGGCAUAUGUCAGUAGCAGUUAACGUCCAUAACUAUAGACUGCCUUAUCCCGAUAUAUUUGGUGGAGUUUCAGCAAUGACAAGAGCUCAUUUUGAAGCUGUUAAUGGGUUUUCAAAUGUCUUCUGGGGGUGGGGUGGAGAAGAUGAUGAUAUGGCUGCCAGAAUCAAGGCAGCUGGUCUUGAAAUCACUCGGUACCCUAAAACUAUUGCCCGGUACACUAUGUUGCCUCAUGUCAAACAAAAAGCUAAUCCCCGCCGAUUUCAGCAGCUGUAUAGUGGUGCGAAGCGGAGAAAGACAGAUGGUCUAAAUAGUUUACAGUAUAGAAGAUUAGAACUGAGGCUAACAAAGCUGUUCACUUGGGUCUUGGUUGAACUUAGCAGGCCGCCUUCAUAA